ACAUGUGUAUUGCGUGUGUGUGAUGUGAUCGAUUAAAAGUGCAUCGACGAUCAUCGAGUACACAUACAAUGUCGAAGAAGCAUCAGCAACGGCAGAGUCGCGACAGUAGCCGGCGCUACUACCCCAAAGAGAUGCAACUGUUGUAUCUAUUGCUACUCGCCGCCGCUGCUUCUCCCCUCGCAGAUGCGAGCCGACACUUUCUGGCGAGACGCAACGUGCCGGCCGAGCGCAACAUGGUGCGCCGACUUCACGCCCCCGCGGUGGUGGACCCUCGCUCGCCGGAGCUGCUGCUGCGCUGCGAGUACGACCUGGGCGGCAACGAGCUGUACGCGGUGAACUGGUUCCGCAACGAGGACGUGCUGUUCCGCUACUCGCCGAGCCUCGUGCCCAAGGCGACGGCCUAUCCGGGGGUGGCCGACGUCAACGUCAGCCUCGAGCACAGCAACGCCGAGCAGCUGCUGCUCAUCGGCCAUCAGGACGUGCAGCGAAACAUGAAGUCGUACGAGGGUACGUACGUGUGCGAGGUGUCGACGGAGCGGCCCUUCCUCACCGACUACGGGGUGGCCAACGUCAGCGCCGCCAUCCUGCCCAAGGCCAAUCCCGUCCUCGAGGGCCUGCGCCACAAUUAUCAGGUCGGCGAGUUCCUCGAGCUGGCCUGCACCUCGGCACCGAGUCUGCCCCCGGCCGAGCUCUCCUUCUACCUCAACGGACGCAAGAUGGACAAGUCGCGGACGAGAAUCGACCGGUCGGGUAGGCCGAGCGCCGACGUGGCCUCGAGCGUGCGCCUCGUCCUCUCAACGAAGCUCGAGCGCCAGCACUUUCAGGCGGGCACGCUGCGAGUCGCCUGCGUGGCCCAUCUGCCCAACGUCGCGGGCUCCAGUCGCGACUACAGGACCGAGGCGGUGGCCACCCUGGCGGCGAGGAAUCAGCGCCUGGCCCAGGAGCUGCCGCCGAGCCUGGCGGCCAGGCCCAACUCCGCGGCCGCGGCGGCGGGAGGAGGACUGACGAUAGACUCCUGGGGCAUGUUCGUCUUGGCGGCGAUCUGGCUGAUAGCGGAAAAUACGGAGAUACUUUUCGCCUCGUUCUUGAUACGAGUGUGA